GUUCGACCAGACCGGGAGUUCCUUCUUCAGAUCAGCGUUAGUUGCGGUGCAGUGGAGAGUGCAGUGUCAGCAGCAGCGGUAGUGCUCGUGGUGUGGUGAUAACACUAUUUAUAGUUCCCGCCAGCGUGUGCGAUAAGACGGCAGCAGUAGACCCAUAUCCGACCCAGAUCGAGAACGGCGGUUAGCGAACGCGUGUGUUCGGGUUGUAUCCUUUUCGGAAGCGUUGGUUCUGAUGGCGAAUGGAAUGCUGCUGGCCGUGGGACUCGUACUGUUCCUAACGGUCACUGUCGGGCCUGCGGUUGGGCAAACUGAACGGGCAGCUAAAUGGACACCCACCGAUGCGGACAGGCUGCGCAAGGACAUCCUCAAGGACUACGAUCCAGCGCUGCGACCAGCACCCUUUGCUAAUGUUACGACCGUGGAAACAAGUGUUACCAUCACCCAUGUGGAGAUCAAUGAGCUCAAGUCCAUUUUCUCGAUGUACGGAUGGAUGAAAUUUAGCUGGAAAGAUAGCCGUUUGCUAUGGGAACCAGCGAGUUAUGGAAACAUUUCGUUCCUGUACCUGAACCAAAGUUCGCUCUGGACUCCAACGGAGGAACCGGCCCACACGUUAGUUAAAAUUUCCAGCGCUGGCAACCUGGACAUUACUGUUGCUUAUCAAAAGCAAAGCAAGUGUUCUAUCCAGUGGCAGACAUGGCCAUUCGAUACCCAGCACUGCAAGAUACUUUUCUCCCCUUGGGUAAUGAUCGAGAAUGAUAUGGAAAUUCACGUUUCGCUGAUUAAGGCUACAAUAGACAAAGGAUCCUUGUGGACGUUGGAGAACCUAACACUAGAAACUCAUUCAUAUUCGGACGAGUCGGAACCGUUGUCGUUGAAAGGAACACAUUUGCAUUUUGUCAUGAAGCGGAAUGCCGGCAUAUACCAUAGCACGAUCAUUGCUCCUGCCUGCUUGCUAGUGUUGAUGAACCUGAUCGGUUUUUGGUUGCCCCCGAAGUGCGGUGAAAAACUCAUUCUGAAUGCCAUUAACCUACUGAUGUCGUGCAUGUUUCUUAUACAUUUUAACGAAACCAUUUCUUACUACACCAACAGCACACCGUCGAUUGUUCUGUUCUUCAGCCAAAGUUCCUAUUUAUCCUGUGCUUGCCUGAUAAUGACUGUUCUAAUCGAAUGCAUGCUUAACAGCAAUUCCAAGCUGCCUGUGCAUCCACUGAUCAAGAAGAUCAUAUCGUUGGAUGCUGUCCUUUUCUUUAUAACGACGAACAAACAACGCUAUCUGGACAACUUGGAAGUAUGUGAAACUCUGGAAGAACCUAUCAUACAGCAGCCAACCAGUGAAGUCGAAGAGCAGUCUAGUCCUGUACCAAGCGGAUCAAACAACGAACGUGACUGGAUACUGUUUUCUACCAAUUGGGAUGAUCCAAAGCUUACCUGGGAUCCGGCUCAGUACGGAAACAUGGAUGUGAUUCGCUUGGAUCCCACCAUCGUCUGGAGACCGGAUGUGGUUCUGUACAACAAUGCUGGCGGUUCCGAUAAUCAUCACUACGGAGACACGAACGUUUUGGUUUACAACACCGGCAAAGUGCUGUGGGUUCCGCCAACCGAAUUUCAUUCGUUCUGUGAGCUGAACAUGCGCCUGUGGCCUUUCGACUAUCAAAAGUGCAUGUUGAAGAUCGGCUCUUGGACCUUCGAUGGGUUUAAGCUGAAUCUCACGAUCUCGAGCGAGCCAGAGGUGGAUAUAAUGCUCAAGAACUCGGAGUGGAAAAUUCGCAAAGUUGUUUCCGAGCGCCACACAAAAUACUACUCCUGUUGCACGGAGCCGUACAUCGACAUCACUUACAACAUCACGAUGCAGCGUCAUUCGGAUACGCACAGGAACAUAAUAGUGAUCCCCGCGCUGGUCAUUAUGGCAUUGGCCCUCUCCGUGUUCUGGCUGCCCCUGCAGGCUGGCGAGCGGAUCAUCAUGAAUGGAAUCAUCUCGCUGAUGAUUACGGUGUUCCUGGUUUACUUCGCCCAGCAACUACCAGCCAUAUCGGGGCACACCCCGCUGAUCGUAAUUUUCUUUAGCAACACUCUCCUACUGGUCGCGUUCAGUACGGUCAUUAGCGUGAUUGUUCUGAAUGUCUCGAAACUGAACCACGAAGCCGGUCUGCCGAGCAUCUUGAAGCGCAUCGCAUCCGCCGUUGGUCCGUUCGUGGGUGUUGGGAAUAAGCAUUUCCGCUUCAGUGACAAAGGCAACGUGGCCAUCGAGAGUAACACUGAUCACGAGUGGGUGAAGUUCGGGCUAGUCCUUAACCGCCUGGCGUUUAUCAUAUUUUGCGUAGUGUUUAUCAUUUGUGCUUCCUACAGCCUUUAGGCAAGCCUUCAAAUGUGCGAACACGUUUAGCUAAACUUCCGUUUUAUCAAGUGCUUCGCAUAAUCGCAAUAAAAUGUCGAAUUAUUAAGUAAUCAAAUAGUUUAUGCUUUUAUCCGGUUAUUCUCACCCAGCGACUCAAAGGUGUUUUAACUAAUAUUAUUUAACUAAGUAUUUUCUGAAUAAAUCCAGAAUCAUCAACACGUGGUCU